UUUCAUUUUUGCUGCGCAGCCGAACAGCCCUAGGGCCCUGAUAUACAGCCUGCACAUCAGGCAUCAAAACUAGAUUUUAAUAAGAAAGUGAAUUGAUUGAGCAGAAAUGGACAGUGAACAAGACAUUUCCCCAGCUGUGGAGGAGCAGAAGCCGCCACCACUCUGGAACCAGCCUGAACAGGACCUGGCAAAUGGCAACAUGCAAGUUGAUGAUAUAUCUUACAUCCCUGCUGAAAUGAAGAGGCACUUGGAAUUCAUUGACAUAAAACAAGACGGCCGUCUGCUGUUGGGCGCCUCCAGUCUGACGACCCGCUACUGGACCGGCGACGUGUGGCUGUUUGACAAGGCCUCGGACGCGCCCGACGUGGGCCGCUUCACGGCGGCGCGCGAAACAGAGAGCGGCGUGCCGUGCGGCGCGUUCAUCGACGGGCUGGGCGUGCGCGCCGUGGUCGGUCAGGACCUGGGUAUCGUCGAGGUGCUCGGCUGGGAGGCGGCCGAGGAGGGUACAGAGGACGACCGGCUGCUGGUCACCCACGGUCGGAGCGCGGCCGGCGACGGCGCCGUGCUGACGCUGGACACCCUGUCACCGGGCAGCGCGGCCGGCGGAGACGCCGACAUGGAGGCUGUGCGAGCGGUGACCGGAUCGUCAGACGGACGACUGCACGUGUGGGACCUGGAGACGUUAGUGGCGGAGGUGUGCUACCCGGGCGCGCACCAGCACUCAGUGACGGGAGUGACCGCCCACCCGAGCCUGCCACACCAGUUUAUCAGCUGCGGCCUGGACGGGGAGGUGCUCAUGUGGGACACGCGCGCCGCCAAACCGGCCACACGUCUGGCGGGCGGCGGCGGCGACCGGCCGCUGUGCUGCGCCUGGUCGCCGACAGAUAGCGCCACGGUCGCCGUCGGCUGGGAGUCGGGCCGCGUGUCGCUGCUGAAUGCCGUCAGUGGCGCCGAGACGGCGGCAGCGCGGCGCGCGCGGCCCCUGCACCGGCUGAGAUGGCACCCGCGCCGGCCGUGGGUGGCGGCCUGCGGCGACCAGACCGCCGUCGAGGUCUACUCGGCCGAACAGAAACUGAGACAACUGCACUGUGAUGACCUGCACGCCGACAUGGUGCGCGGCCUGGCCUGGGCGCCUGACUCUGACACCCUCUAUUCGUGCGGAUGGGACCGGGCCGUGCUCAGCCGAACGGUCGGCUGACCGACCCGACCCGUGUCUGCCGCCGCGUCAUUACCGUCAUCAAUACACAUGUCCCUUCGA